AUGUGCCACACCAGCUGCUCCUCGGGCUGCCAGCCAGCCUACUGUGUGUCCAUCCCCAGCCAGGCCUCCUGCUGUGUGUCCAGCCCCUGCCAGCCUGCCUGUUCUGUGUCCAUCCCCAGCCAGUCCUGCUGUGUGCCUGUGAGCUGCAGGCCUGCCGUGUUCAUUCCUGUGAGAUUCCAGGCAGCCUGUCCUGUACCUGUGAGCUGCAGGCCUGCUGUGUGCCUGGUCCCCUCCUGCCAGUCCUCUGGGUGCUGCCAGCCCUCCCGUCCUACCCUGGUCUGUAGACCUGUCACCUGUAGCAGCCUCCCCCUGCUGCUGAGCACAGUCUCCAAGCCAGCUGUCCCCAUGCAGAUGGGUCAUAGCUGUACCCCUCCCAGCUCUUGUCCUCUGUGGGCCGAGGUUCAGCAAGGGAGGCAGGUGGAAAGCCUGCUUUGCGCACCCUGGAACCUGUGUUGA